CAUCGCGCGCGACCUUUGACCCCUUGUGACCCAAUAUGGCGGCGCCCAUGAAGAUAGAGUUUUGAAAGGAAAGGAAUAUAUCUGUUAUAUUCAGAGGGAGCCUUGUUCGUUAUAAUACAACGAAAUAAAGCCCUAAGUCCAUAUAAAAGAGUGGAAGGUUUCCCUGGAGCCUGAAUCGCCAUGUCAAAGAUCUCUCGCGCUGCCAAAGUGGUACAAAAGGUGGAUCCUGGCAAUGUCAUCCGGACGAUCAUCCGAGCUGGACAGGCUGUUCCAGGACCACCUUUAGGACCUGCCCUUGGACAGAGAGGCAUUGCAAUUGGACAAUUUUGCAAGGACUUCAAUGAGCGCACAAAGGACAUCAAGGAGGGAAUCCCACUGCCCACGCGCAUCACAGUGCGGCCUGACCGAACGUAUGAGAUCCAGAUAAACAAGCCAACAGUCAGCUAUUUUCUGCUAUCAGCAGCUGGGAUUGAAAAAGGAGCAUCGAAUCCUGGGCACGAGGUGGCUGGGAUGGUGACUCUGAAGCACCUGUACGAAAUCGCCCUGGUGAAGUCUCAGGACCCGUGCUUCACGCUUCGUGACAUGCCGCUUGAGCAAGUCGUCAAGUCGCUUAUCGGAAGCGCCCGGUCGCUGGGCAUCAAAGUGGUGAAAGAUCUCAAUGCAGAGGAAUAUGGCACUUUCCUGAAGCAGCGUGAAGAGGUGUUGGCAGCGGAGGCUGCUGCAAGAGAGGCUGAGCUGGCAGCUGCUGGGAAGAAGAAAUGAGUCCCUCAGAUCCCUGGAAGACACAGGCUGCUGAUGGUCUCAGCUUGUCUCAACUUGUUGCCACUGCCUGGGAUUCAGAAAUUGAAGUCUGCUCAAUAUCUGGCUUGGCAGUGUCCUGCUGCAGAAGAUGGAGAGGCAGAAAAGAGGAUUUGCACAAAGGGAAAAAAUCUGAAACAGCCAAAUUCUGGAUUAUGGACUGCCUCAAAUGUUAGAUCUUGAGAAUGAUUAUUGCUGAUUUGUCCCUUUUAAUUAAAAGGGUUAUAUUUAUCAAUGCA